GAGGAGGAGCCAGGCUGGACUGUAUUGUUCCGCGCUCCGCUUCUCGGGUUCUUCUGCCCGCUUCAGACCCGGUGGGCGCACCCCGAGGCAGAGGCGGCCCCCCUGCGCCCCGAGACGGUUCAGAGGAGGGGAGGUCUCACCUGGAGCUCUGCGUCGGAGCCGCGCGAGCGGGGGAUACCGGUGAAGAGUCAGAGUCCCUGUUGUUCCCCGCCGCACCGCGAGCCUUUGCAGGAGCGGGGCACCAGGUCCCCCCUGCGAUGGCCGCUGUCCGUCUGGGCCCCGCCAGGACCACGUGCGGACGCUGGAGCACCGCUCUCUAGCCGGCCACAGCGCCUCUUUACCCCCGCCUGGCGAUGGGGAGCAGCGGGUCGGCGUUGAGGGUCUGUGCGGACCACCGCGGGGGCAUCAACUGGCUGAGUCUGAGCCCCGACGGGCAGCGCCUGCUGACGGGCAGCGAGGACGGCACGGCCCGCCUCUGGAGCACCGCGGACGGCCAGUGCUGCGCGCUCCUGCAAGGUCAUGAGAGCUAUGUGACCUUCUGCCAGCUGGAGGACGAAGCCGCCUUCACCUGCAGCGCCGACUGCACCAUCCGGAAGUGGGACGUUAGGACCGGGCAGUGUCUGCAGGUGUACCGAGGGCACACGUCCAUCGUGAACAGGAUCCUGGUUACAGAGGACCAGCUUUUCAGUAGUUCCUAUGACCGAACGGCACGUGCCUGGACGGUGGACAAAGGGCAAGUGUCCAAGGAGUUCCGGGGUCACCGCAACUGCGUGCUGGCACUAGCCUACUCGGCCCCCAAGGACCUGCCCAGUGACCCCUGCUUGGAGGCCGCCAUGGGCGCCGGGCUCCUAGUGACCGGCAGCACAGACGACACAGCCAAGGUGUGGCAGGUGGCCAGCGGCUGCUGCCACCAGACCCUUCGGGGCCACACAGGUGCGGUGCUGUGCCUGGUGCUGGAUGUCUCCAGCCACACGGCCUUCACAGGUAGCACGGAUGCCACCGUCCGUGCUUGGGACAUCCUGAGUGGGGAGCAGCUGCGGGUAUUCCGGGAGCACCAGGGCUCUGUCAUCUGUCUGGAGCUCACAGAGCGGCUCCUGUACUCGGGCAGUGCGGACCGGACUGUUAAGUGCUGGCUGGCUGACACUGGAGAGAGGGUGCGCACGUUCCCGGCCCACAGACACAGCGUGAGUGCCCUCAAGUACCACGCAGGCACCUUGUUCACGGGCAGUGGGGACGCCCGCGCCCGCGCCUUUGAUGCCCGGUCAGGAGUGCUGCAGAGGGUGUUCCGAGGCCACAGCUUUGUCAUCAACUGCCUCCAGGUACAUGGUCAGGUGCUCUACACAGCAUCUCAUGACGGUGCUCUGCGCCUCUGGGACGUGCGUGGCCUCCAGUCAGUGCCGCCUUUGCCACAAAGGCCAGCAACCAAACGCAGCCUGUCCCGCCUCUUCAGCAACAAGGUGGCCUGUGCGGCCCCGGUGCCCUUGCAGCCAGCCUGAGUCCCUGGAGAGGAGAUGGUGGAAACCCGUGGCCUGGCUCGUCUGUCAGUGUUCUUGGCUUCCCCAAGCACUGUGCGACUGCAGUGGCCUGCGGCAGAGCACGCACCUGCCCUCGUGACUGACCUCUC